AUGCAUUCUCCCGGCGCUCUAGCAUUGCUUUCACUGGCAUUCGCUCCUUUGGCGCGCUCCCAAGCUGACACACAAGCUACGCUGCAGGUUGCCGCUAGAGAAGACGGCCUCGCAUUCUCUCCUCCUCACUAUCCGUCACCAUGGAUGGAUCCCGCGGCCCCGGGCUGGGAAAAUGCCUACGCCAGAGCCAAGGAUUUUGUGUCGCAAUUGACGCUCACUGAGAAAGUCAACCUGACCACCGGUGUUGGAUGGAUGUCAGAACGAUGUGUCGGCAACGCUGGAUCUAUCCCUCGCCUUGGCAUGCGUGGACUGUGCAUGCAGGAUGGCCCUCUGGGUCUCAGACUCUCAGAUUACAACAGCGCCUUUCCUGGUGGCAUCACUGCUGGUGCUUCAUGGAGCCGUACGCUCUGGCACGAGCGCGGUCUCUUGAUGGGCACUGAGGCCAACGAGAAGGGAGUAGACGUUCUCCUCGGUCCCGCGUCUGGCCCGCUUGGUCGCGCCCCUACCGGUGGCCGGAACUGGGAGGGCUUCACUGUUGACCCCUACAUGGCCGGCAUCGCCCUGUCUGAGACUUCCAUGGGCAUCCAGGAGGGCGGCGUGAUUGCUACCGCGAAGCAUUACAUCGGCAACGAGCAAGAACACUUCCGACAGGCCCCCGAGGCCGUGGGUUAUGGUUACAACAUCACCGAGUCCAUGUCGUCCAACAUCGAUGACAAGACCCUCCACGAGCUCUAUGUAUGGCCUUUUGCCGACGCUGUCCGCGCUGGUGUGGGUGCCAUCAUGUGCUCCUACCAGCAAGUCAACAACUCGUACUCGUGCCAAAACUCGAAGAUCAUCAACGGUAUCCUCAAGGACGAGCUUGGCUUCCAGGGUUUCGUCAUGAGCGACUGGCAGGCUCAACAUGCCGGUGCCGCCACUGCUGCUGCCGGCCUCGACAUGACCAUGCCCGGCGACCCCACCUUCAACUCCGGUCUUAGCUUCUGGGGAGCCAACCAGACCCUGGCCGUCAUCAACGGUACCGUUCCCGAAUGGAGAAUCGACGACAUGGCCAUGCGAAUCAUGGCCUCCUUUUUCAAGGUUGGCCGAACUGUUGAGAGUAUGCCCGACAUCAACUUCUCAUCAUGGUCUCGCGAUACCUUUGGCUACGUUCAGAUUGCCGCCAAAGAGAACUGGGAGCAGAUCAACUUCGGAGUUGAUGUCCGCCAUGACCACGGCCAACACAUUCGUGAAGCUGCCGCCAAGGGCAGUGUCCUACUCAAGAACACCGGUUCUUUGCCACUGAACAAGCCCAAGUUUGUCGCCGUCAUUGGCGAGGAUGCUGGAGGCAACCCUGCCGGCCCCAACGGGUGCAGCGAUCGCGGAUGUGACAACGGAACUCUUGCCAUGGCUUGGGGCUCGGGAACUUCCCAGUUCUCAUACCUGGUCACCCCGGACCAAGCUCUCCAGGCUCAAGCCCUUACAGACGGCACUCGAUACGAAAGCAUCCUCAACAAUAACCAGUGGGCACAGGUUAGCCAGGUUAUUGCCCAGCCCAACGUCACCGCUAUCGUCUUCGCCAAUGCCGACUCUGGGGAGGGGUAUAUCAAUGUCGAUGGGAACGAGGGCGACCGCAAGAACCUGACUCUCUGGAAGGAAGGCGACGACCUCAUCAAGAAUGUCUCUUCCAUCUGCCCUAACACGAUCGUUGUGCUUCACACAGUCGGCCCAGUCCUUCUGACCGAGUGGUAUGACAACCCCAACAUCACUGCCAUCGUCUGGGCUGGUCUUCCUGGCCAGGAAUCCGGCAACUCGAUUGCCGACAUUCUCUACGGCAAGACGAGUCCCGGCCGAUCGCCCUUCACCUGGGGUCGCACCCGCAACAGCUACGGCACAGAUGUCCUGUACGAGCCCAACAAUGGCGAGGGUGCUCCCCAGCACGAAUUUUCUGAGGGUGUUUUCAUCGACUACCGCCACUUCGACCGCAACUCUCCCAGCACCGAUCGUACAGCCGCCUCCAACGACUCCGCUGCGCCCCUCUACGAGUUUGGCUUUGGUCUUUCCUGGAGCACCUUUGAGUACUCUAGCCUUGAGAUUCAACCUCAUAUUGACACCACCUACGAACCCACCUCUGGUGACACGAUUGCCGCUCCUGAGCUGGGCAACUUCAGCACCGACCUGUCCGAUUAUACUUUCCCGUCCAACAUCCGAUACAUCUACCAGUUCAUCUACCCCUGGCUUAACACCUCAUCCUCUGGCAAGGAGGCCUCAGCCGAUCCCUACUAUGGCCAAACCGCCGAAGAAUUCCUCCCCCCCAAGGCCGUCGAUGGCUCUCCCCAGCCCAAGAACCCGGCCGGUGGUGCACCCGGUGGCAAUUCUCAGCUUUGGGAUGUCCUCUACACCGUCUCCGCAACCAUCACCAACACCGGUAGCGCUACGUCUGACGAGAUUCCUCAACUUUACAUCAGCCUUGGUGGCGAAAACGAGCCCAUCCGUGUUCUGCGCGGCUUUGAGCGCAUAGAGGGCAUCGCGCCUGGCCAGAGCGUCAUCUUCACUGCCGACAUCACACGCCGUGACCUAAGCAACUGGGAUGUUACAUCACAGAACUGGGUCAUCACGGAGCAUGAGAAGACGGUGUACGUUGGUAGUAGUUCAAGGAACCUACCCCUCAGUGCGGUUUUGGAGCAGAGCUACAGCACAUGA